AUAAUUAGAGGUGUCUAUCAACUUUAUUGCGAGCUCUAAAAUCUGCUCGACAUGUUGCCAACACCCGGUGUUAAGAAUACCCGCAAACACAACCCUAAAGUGAGGACUGGCUGCAAAACAUGCAAGGUACGCCGUGUCAAGUGUGAUGAGAAGCGACCCAGCUGCUUGAGGUGCACCAGUACAGGCCGCAAAUGCGAUGGCUACGCCCAACCCAAACAGGACUACCAAACCCAAGUAAUCAGCCAAAGCCGGGCAUCCCGUGUCCAAAAUGCCGUACCAAUGCUUUCCGGAUUCGGCGAUAACGUGCACUAUCUGGAGUUCUACCAUUAUUGUGCUGGUCCCACUCUGUCUAGCGCAGAUAGAUUCGACACCGAGUUCUGGUCGCGCAUAUCCCUCCAGAUGGCCCAUUCGGAACCGGCCGUGCGUCACGCCCUUAUAGCUCUAGGGUAUCUUAACAAGCAGGAGACAGGCAGUUUAAAGCACGCGCGCUUAGGCUUUACAAACGAUUGCAAGACUUUUUGGCCUCACUAUAACAAGGCUGUUAGGCAUCUUGUUGAGCGCAUGGCCGAGCCGUCCUACUCACCAGAAAUCGGGCUUGUCACUUGUGUACUCUUUGUGUGCAUCGAGUUCCUGCGCGCCGACAUUCAGACAGCAUUCACGCACCUAAGGAGUGGACUCAAAAUCAUUUCUGAGCUACGGCAAAGACACCACACCGACUCACCGAGGCAGCUCCCUGGAGCAAUUCAAAACGGUUCCACCGCACCGAUGGAUAUGAUCGAGGACAAGCUUAUGCCGAUGUUCAUUCGAGGAAUGGCAUCUGCUCUCAUGUUUGGAUUGAAAGUCGAGGACGACUUCGCAAUACUCUGUCCGCCUCCGCAAUCCUUCCAGUCGCGACGUUUCACGAGCAUUCGCGAGGCCCAGUCUUCCUAUCACGAGCUCCGGAACGCUACUCUCAUCUUCGCACGCCAGAUGAUCAUCAAUAUCAUCGUGCUGCAUAUAAACCCAGCGACAGCGGAGGACGUUCAACGCCAAAAUCAGUUCCUGGAAUGCCAUCGCGCAUGGUACCGGGCGUUGGAAGCGCUGGAAUGCUCUCAGACAUGGUCCUCAGAAGAUAAAGUCGCCAUCAGCUCCCUGAAAGUGUCCUACUACGCAACCUACGUCUUUGUAGCCUGCGCGACAGACGCUGGCCAAAUGUCCUACGAUGCCCAUCUCGACAGCUUCAAAGCGCUCCUACACCACGCCAAAAUUGUGCUCGAUUCUAUGCACCUCGGGGGCCUCGAGGCAAAGCCAUCUUCCCGCGCUGCCGCUGCAAACUUCACUUUCGAAAUCUCCCUCAUUCCCUCCCUGUUCAUGGUCGCAACACGCUGCCGGUGUCCCACCACCCGCCGCGAAGCCGUCUCCCUCCUUGCUCUCAAUCCACCACGCGAGGGUCUCUGGGAUGCAGAGCAGCAUGUCAUCGUGUCCAACCGCGCCAUGGAGAUGGAGGAGAUGGAGGUAGAUGAGAGAGGGUGGCCGACGGAGAACGCGAGGCUCUGGAGUAGCGUUAUCGAACCGAACAUGGACCGGACUGGCGGCUUUUGGGUGCACCAUUGCCCUGCGAAGUGGGUUGGGAGCGUCGAUGAGACAGGGAGGCAGAGGAUAAUACGUGAGUAUCAUGUUCUUGAGGAAACUCUGACAGAUCCCCUAUAUGGAUAUGUGGAGCCCCCGAGAAUCGCGUUUUCCCCCAACACGGCUCCUUUACAUUAA